AUGACGUCUGCCUUGCCGCAGAAGGACCAAUCUAAGAAUAUAAAAAAUUUGACUAUAGAUACCAAUGACAAAGAACCAGAACAGGAACAGAUAGCGGAAGAUUUGGACGAAGCAAAAGAAAAGAAUGUGAAGACGAAAGACAAUUCAAGAAAUAAUAAUGACAAUAUGUCGAUUCAACCCACACCCACAGCAAGUUCAGGAAGUGAUAGUGCUAACCCGCUGGGAGGAUUUAAAGUUCCAAAGAAAAAAAAUGGUACUGAAGGAAAACAGACAGGGAGUGGGAAUGAAACAGGUAAUACUUCACGAAUAGUGUCUAUUGAUAAUAGUAAUUCAGUAGGUAGCACACCAAAACUCAAUAAGAAUAUAAUAACAAAUUUGAAUAAGUCAUUAAAAGCCAAACAGAAAAUCAUCAGUUCAAAGGAACCUCACCCGAAAAAUUCAACCAUAAUAUCAGAAAUUAUUAAUAAUUCACCUAAAGCAUCUUCCUUUCCAAAUACUGAGAGCGAAAGCGAGAAUAACUCUUACGCUGUACCGGGCAAUGGAAUUUCGAAUCCUUCCAAUAAUCUUAGUAAUUCGUCCAAUAUUAAUAUCAAUGAGCAACCAAGCAAACAGAAUGCCAAUAAAGACAAAAGCAAACGAAUAGCAAAACAAAACUCCACGAGAACGGACUUUUUUGCUGCUAAGUUGGCAAGUGCAGUAGAUGACGUUGAUACUUCGGAUAGUGAUGAAACGUUUGUUUACGAAAAUAAUGCUAAUGACUAUGAUAAUAACGUAUCCCAAAAUCCUAAUAAUAGAAUGGCACUUCCAAACGAGACUGCAUCCAUUAACGGAAGCAUUGUUAAUGCUGGAGGUAUUGCUACUACUUUAAAUAGUCCUCCAAUAAUUGAAGAAAAUUCAGAUGGAGGUCAUGCUCGAGCAGAAUCUAUACAUUCAGUGCAUUCGUCUAAAAUACCCACUAUAAGAUCAACAAAUAAUUCGAUUCCUCCAGCGGAAAUUAAUUCUCAGUCCGAACUGUUCAAGCCAAGACCUCUGCAACAAAGAACAGGGUCAAGUUAUUCUAUACCUCAUUUGCCACCUGUCAUACAAAAUAAUGAAGAUAGAUUACACCAUCCGGAUACUGCUUCUGGAAAAAAUAACACAAUAGCAUCAACUCAUUCUCCUGCAAGCCCUUAUGCGUUUCCGAGUAAAUCUCCCUCAAACCAAGGACUUGCAGGGACUGAAAGGUCUUAUACUUACCGCAGAAGCAAUAGUCAACAACCUAACACAGCUACAGCUAGUAUAAAUGAUGGGUAUAACGAAGAUGGCUAUUCUUACGAUGAAGUUGACGAUACAGAUAUAAUUGAUGAUGAUUAUGCGGACGAUGAAUAUUAUUCAUCCCACAGAGUUAACGAUCCUUCCAAUCCUUCCCAAAGUAAUGCCUUGUCAGGAUUUAACCCUCAUGUUAAUUCGAAUGAGAAUGUCAAGGAAGAUGUAGGACAUAACAACAAAAAUAUGAAUAGUUCGAUGACCAGCAAAAGUACAUCAAAAAAGAAUUUCAAAUCGUCUAAUUCAUCCUCUAAGUUAAGAUCAACAACUUCCAAACUUUUCGACAAAAAAGGGUCACAGCCAAGGCGUUAUAGUAUUAUACCCGAUGAUAUUGAUAUUGAGGAUUUUGAUGAUGAAUUGAUUUAUUACGAUAAUAACAUUCGUUUUCCAUAUAACAACUCCAAUCAAACAAAUCUUACUAAUGUUAAUUUUAACGAUUCGGCACCAUCAAUUAACCAUAAUCAUAGAAUUCCGCACUAUAGAUCUUUGAAUCUAAAUUUCCUGGGCAAAAGAAAUAAUAACCUUAAGAACAAAAGGUAUUUAUCAACUGGGCAACCUAUUGAACCAAGCAAUGAUAAUGAUCCUAAUACCCCACCGAACACUUCUCACACUAAGCAACUAAAUAGUGAUAUUUUUCCAUUUCCAUACCCGGAACCACACCAAAAGUAUUAUUGUGAUAUAGAUGAAUAUGAAGAGCCAACCCUGAAUGGUGAAUUCCAGGAUGUGGAAGCACAGUUUCGCUCUCCAAACUCAAGAAAUGUUUCAGGUCGCUCAAAACAUCCUUAUUUGUCAACAAGCAAUGGCCAUUUUUUAUUACCUAGAAAGAAGUCCGGUCAAACACUCAAAAACCAAAGAGUAAACUAUAUUAAAAAAUUUAUCUAUACACUAAUAAGUAUUAGCUGCAUAUUAUCGGUCGGAUUUAUAAUGGGUUUUGUACUUGCAACAACAAAAGAAUUAACCAACGUAUCAAUCAGUAGUUUUGAAAAUCCUAUAGUUUCUCAAGAUGAAUUAGUCUUUAAUGUUAUUGUGGAAGCUUUCAACCCUGGAUGGUUUGCUGUAUCUAUAGAUGAAGUCGAAUUAGAUAUAUUUGCAAAAAGUGGUUAUUUACCAGAGAGUAUGAAUAAUAUAGAUGUUGAUCUAGAAGGGCUAGAGACAAAAAACACUGUCGAGACGGUAUUAUUGGGGACAGUAACUAAUCUUGAAUCACCGAUGAUUUUCACAGGUGGCUUCUUCACGAGGGAGCUUAUAAGUCAAAGUGGUGAAAUUAAAUUAUUGAGACCUGGUAGAAAUUUAACUAAUUUGGAGUUUGAUAAAAACAGAAAUGAAUCCGAGCCUGAUAAUUCUGACAAAUGGGAAAUAAUUGCAAAGAACCCAUUCGACUUGAUAGUCAGGGGAAUAUUGAAGUAUAAUUUGCCAAUGAGCAAAAUGACUAAAUCUGUCAUUGUCAGUAAAGUAGGUUAUAUUGAUCCAAAUCAAGAUACACUCUAA